AUGCAUGAGGUCCGCCAAAGUUUUCAUCAAUAUCUAGAUAAAACUACUAUAUGGGCCAAGUCGCGAUGGGCCUCGUUGGCCGCAGUGGUGACCAUCUUCGCUCUCCGAGUCGUGUUGGCUGAAGGGUGGUACGUUUCGGCCUACUGUCUGGCGGUUUUCAUCCUCAAUCUAUUCAUUGCCUUCAUCACGCCACAGAAAGACCCAGAAACGGACGAGUACAUCCUACCAGUCGGCAAUGCUGACGGAGAGUUCAGACCCUUUGUAAGGAAACUGCCCGAGUUCCACUUCUGGAGCAAGUCCAUGUACGCCUCAUCCCUGGCGCUCAUGUCCACCUGCUCCAGAAUUUUUGACCUGCCGGUAUUCUGGCCGGUUUUGUUGUUCUACUUCAUUUUCGUCUUCAUUUUGACGAUGAAACACCAGAUAAGCGAUAUGAUUCAGCACGGCUACAUGCCCUGGUCCGCCCGAAAGGUUCGAUAUUAUGGCGAUAUUGGUGGCGGUAGGUAA